UAAUAAUAUGGCGCAAGUAAUAUCAGAAUCUAAGCUGCCAUUUAUUGCGGUGAAGGACCUGCAGGCUCACCUAUACCUCCAAAUAACUUGUCACUUUGUGUUAAUUGCACAACCUGACGAAAUUCCAGAGAGAGAUGAGUCAUGGAUGUUGGGAGUUCAAAGAGCUAUUAAAGAAGACCGUGAAAAGCAGCAAGGAUCCAGUAAGAUAUAA